AUGGCACGAUCUGCCAUCGUGCAAGAGUACGACACUCCCCCCACCACGCGCUCCGUAACCUUCAGCGUCGACCAAAAAAUCAACCACGAGCGCCUACACAAUGGUAUCACUCGGCCGCAGGGCUACACCGUCUCGUACCACGCAAACCCAGCCGUCGAAGCGCAUCAUUUCGGUCAAUCCCAUCCCAUGAAACCAUGGCGUCUAGUGCUCACAAAAGAACUCGUCCUCGCAUACGGAAUGCAUCAUGCCAUGGACUUGUAUCUGUCGCGCGCAGCGACGUUCGAGGAAAUGGCCGAGUUUCAUACAGCAGAUUAUCUUGACUUUUUGAGACAGGUUAUUCCCGCCGACAUGGAAGCAGCAGAGCAAUCGGAUAGGAUCGCAAGCUACAAUUUUGGGGACGAUUGUCCGAUCUUUGAUGGCUUGUUUGACUAUUGUUCGCUCUAUUCCGGUGCGACGGUCGACGCGGCGAGGAAACUUAUCAAUAAUCAGGCAGAUAUCGCGAUUAACUGGUCGGGCGGGUUGCAUCAUGCGAAAAAGACGGAGGCAAGUGGGUUUUGUUAUGUGAAUGAUAUCGUGUUGGGGAUAUUGCAGCUCUUGCGAUUUCAUCCGCGCGUCAUGUAUAUCGAUAUUGACGUACAUCAUGGUGAUGGCGUGGAACAAGCAUUCUGGUCGACUGAUCGCGUCCUCACGGUUUCCUUCCAUAAAUACGACAAGGAUAAUUUCUUCCCUGGCACCGGUGCGCUGGACAGCAACGGACCCUCUCACCCAUUAAACCCAGGCUCGCGACACGCCAUCAACGUACCCCUAAACGACGGCAUCGAAGAUGACGAUUAUCUCCAACUAUAUAAAGACGUAAUCAGCUCCUGCGUCGAAACCUAUCAACCCGGCGCAAUCGUCCUACAAUGCGGCGCCGAUAGUCUGGGCUGCGACCGACUAGGUUGUUUCAACCUCAACGUCACCGGCCACGGCGCCUGCGUCGCAUACACCAAAACCUUGGGUCUGCCCAUGCUCGUCGUCGGCGGCGGCGGCUACACGCCUCGAAACGUAAGUCGCGCCUGGGCCCACGAAACAUCCAUCCUCAUCGACGCCGUACAAAAAAUCGACCCAAACAUCCCCGACACAGUCACAUUCCGAAACCACUUCGGCCCGGAUUUCAGCCUCUUCCCCCCACUAUCUGAAAUGCGUAAGAUCGAAAACAAAAACUCGAAACAGUACCUGUCCCAUCUGGUGUCUACGAUUCGUGAACAGCUGCGAUAUAUGCAGGGUGCGCCGAGUGUGCAGAUGAGUCAUAUUCCGCCUGAUAUUUUGGGUUUGAGAGAGGAUGUGGAGAAGGACUUGGAAGAGGAGAAGGAUUAUAUGGAUGAGGAGAGGGAGGAAAGAGAUCAGGGGAUUAGAUCUUCGGCGGGCGCUGCGGCGUCGCUGUCACCGGCAGAUUCGACUUCGAGGGCGUCGAGGAGAGAUUUAGAGAGAGGUUUAGGGACAAGGGGGGAAUUAUCUGCUUGA